AUGAGCUCCAUGACCAUUGCAAUGAAGCCCUGGAUCUCCGUAGAGUCCUGGGGCCCGGAUCGCCUCGACCUUGUCGGGAUCGGCUCUGACGAUCAGAUGUGGCGCAAGAGCUUCGACAGGGGUGACGGCAGCUGGCAGCCAUCUGGCACUUCGUGGGAAGCAAUCGGUGGCAAGUUCAAGCAGAUCCCCACAGCUAUUUCCUGGGGUUAUGGCCGCCUUGACAUCUUCGGCAUUGGACUCGACAACCAACCGGUCCACAAGGCCUAUGGGAAGAACAGAAAGGCAGGAGGCUCUUGGAUUGUCAGCAACUGGCAGCCUCUUGAUGGUCAGCUUAAGUGCGCAGCGAUCCCUGUCACUUGGGGCAAUGGACGGAUCGACUUCUUUGGCGUCGGUAUGGAUGAUCAGAUGUGGCGCAGGGCUUAUGGAGACAAGUGGACCCCAGCUGGCUGGGAGGGAUGCGGCGGCAAGUUCAAGAGCGCCCCCGCCGUUGUCUCAUGGGGCCCAGGCCGGAUUGACGUUUUCGGAAUCGGGCUCGAUGACCAGAUGUGGCACAGGGCAUUCGACAAUGGGAAAUGGCUGGCUGACUGGCAGGGAAUGACUGGCAAAUUCAAGAGCCAGCCAGUCGCCGUAUCAUGGGGCUCCGGCAGGAUGGAUGUCUUUGGCAUCGGCCUUGACGAUCAGAUGUACCACAAAGUAUACGAGGGAAACGGUUGGCAGUCGAAGGAGUGGAAGGGCAUCACUGGCAAGUUCAAGAGCGUCCCCUCGGCUGUCUCAUGGGGUCCAGGCCGGCUUGACGUUUUUGGCGUCGGUACAGACGACCAGAUGUACCACCGAGCAUUUGACGGUGGUAAGUGGCUUGCUGACUGGAGGGGCAUGACUGGUACGUUCAAGAGCGCCCCAGCCGCGGUUUGCUGGGGCAAAGGACGCAUCGACGUCUUUGGUAUCGGAACGGACAAUGCAGUUUACCAGCAGUACUACACAGACAACAAGUGGUCUGGAAAGUGGGGAACUCUCGGUGGAACCUUCAAGACUUUUUAG